AUGACGGCCAUACUGUGGAUGGUGCUACUGCUGUGUUCUUUCUGUUCCGGACAGCUGACAAACGCAACUUCCGGUGAACUUGUCGAGCGAACGGUUGAACCAACUGUUCCUCCAACACAAAUUGGUCAGUGGAACAGGUUGAAGCAUUCUUCAAUGUAUUACGGUGGUAUUGCGGAGCAACAAACUGCAUUGUCCAAUGUGGAGGUUAUGAAGCGCGAUUCUCUCUCUUCACGCAUGACAUCUGGCGUUGUCGGUGGCGUCAAGAUUCUCAUCUAUUUGUUUCGACUGAUUGGUGAUUUUCUGCGCAAAUUCGGUGCCGAGUUGCGAGUGGCCAAGUGUUUGCUGAUGUACACGUUCACCUUUCAACCGCUCAGCUCGAAGAUUGGUGGCGGUACGUUGCAGAGUUGGCUGGCCGGUUACUUCGGUGCGGAGGAUGCACGGGAUCUGUACCGGUUUCUAUCUCGGAACGUGUUCGGCCUGCUGGGACUGUCGCCGGAUUGA